UAUAUAUCAAUCUAAUGGUACUAUUCUGCAAUAUUAUGCGUAGAUCAGAUUCAUCUUACUUUAGAAUAGAUAGGGCAAAACCAGAUUAUCAAAGUGGUAUGUCUAUUACGAUGAUGCUGAAAAAAUCAAAUUACAAAACGAGGUCCAUCGAUUGAUUGUCUGCAGAGACACCAAACACACCAAUUUCCUUGAAGUACACUACUCCAUUCAUUGCCAUAGUUCAGGAAUUACAAAAUCAUAUACAAACGUUAUGCAGGCUUGUUUUUUGCUUUGUGCGUUGAUGUCUCAGACAAUGAACUCACAAUGCUUGAAUUAAUACACCUUUAUGUAGAAGUCCUUGAUAAAUACUUUGGAAAUGUCUGCGAAUUGGAUAUCGUCUUCAAUUUUAACAAAGUAACAGCAAUCUUUAUUUCAGGCAUAUUCAAUUUUCGAUGAGAUGAUUAUUGGUGGAGAAAUUAUUGAAACCUCCAAGUAAGUCAUAAUUACUGCUGUCAAGAAUAUUGAAUUAUUAGAUUGA